AUGGACGACUUAUUGACCGAUUUUGUGAUUCAACAGAUCGAUUUGAGUCGAGAAAAAGUGAUCCUACUUGGAAGCCAGCAUUCGAAAACGAAGCUGCUUGCCAGUCAGACGCCGCCAAAGGUUAUCAAGUUUGGAAACGAAGCGAUUCACGAAUAUGAAAUUGUUCAAACGCUCAUUCAUCCAAACAUCCUCAAAUAUUAUGGAGUGGUGUUCGAUCCUCAGUAUGGCACUGGUCUUCAAAUGGAGUUUUGUCAAAGAGGAACACUAGAGAAGAUAAUAUUCGAUUCUCGGAUUAUUUACACGAUCAAUACAGAGAUCGUUCAUCGUGAUAUAAAACCAGCCAACAUUUUCGUCACUGAAGAUUUUUCUCUAAAGAUUGGCAAUUUUCAAUAUUCGAUGGGAGUUCAAUGGGAAGUGAACGAAGAUUUAGCGGUCACUUACUCCACAGACAUCUACAGCAUGGGAAUCGUUUUCUGGGAAAUCAUUGAAAGACGAUACGCAUUUCGAUCAGAAAACAAAAUCUACAACGACUACUCGCAUUUUGCUGAUUUUCAAAAGGAACAAACCGCAGGACUUCAUUUCUCGUACUCUGGUUGUAAGGAGUUCAAGGAAACUAUUCUUGAAUGUGCUGCUUUUGACCCAAGAGAAAGACCGAAUGCGGAAGAAGUUCUCGAGAAAAUUAUCAUCAUUAAAAAUGACAAAGAGAUUCAACAAUAUGAAUUUAUGCCGAUAAUUGAUAAUGAUCGUACGAGGAUUAUGAGACCGGAUAACGUGCUACCAAAUUCGUUUACUCCGAGAGAGGAAAGUGAAGUUGAAACUUUUCCGAGUUUGAAUUCUGAAGCUAAUCAUGAUUUGAUCACAAGUUCUCAAGUCGAUGAUAUGCAACCAUCUACAUUGAUGUUUUCAGAUGAAGAAGAAAGAAGUCUUAUCCAAAAACCAACCUCACUAUUUCAACCCCUCUACACAAUCAACCAAUCUGGAGAAGGAACUUUCAACAAACAGCUGUUUAAUAGAAUAAUGGAUCAAGUUGGAAAUUGCAAAAUUGCAAUCAUUUCCAUUGCCGGUCUUCCUCGUGGUGGGAAAACUUUUUGGCUUAACUUUCUUUUGCGGGCACUUCGCAAAGGAGAUGCUCAUUUUAAACCGGAUGAGAUUAUCGGGGGCCCAAGUGGAGCAUCGUUUCAAUCAGGAUUAUAUUCUCAUACAACUGGCAUCCAAAUUUGCACCGAAACUUUCUUCAUCAACAAUAGCGAAAGCGAAAAGAUUGCUCAAGUGAUAAAACAAAUGGAAAGAAAAGAAAAGAGCAACAUUACGAGUCUUUUUGAGGCAACAAACGAACUUGCAUUCAACGAGCUGAGAAUGGAUGCAUUGAAGGAAUUCGAGCGAUUGUGGAAUCAGCAAAAUGAAAUUAAUGCCUACUCGCCAAUUGAUCCCGAACUCUUCGAAGAGACUGGGAAAACGAUUUUAGAGACUGUGACUCAAACCUUUGCGAUAACCUUAAAAUACGGAGGCGAAGAAAAGAGGCAACGAUUUGGGCAAUUCAUUCAACAACUUCGGGAGCUGAAUGUCGAACGUGCUCAAAUGAACUUUCUGCGGUUUCGCGAUUUAAGGAUUUCGGAAGCAUAUGACCGCGCUAUGCAACUUUAUCAAAGAGGAGUGCAACGAAAAAUCGUCAGCGGAGUUGACCCAGCAACACCAGAAGAACUCCAAAACGUUCACAACAAUGCCGUUCACGGAGCUAUUGAAUUUUUUGAGAACGAAGCCAGCUCGUUCCCCAAUUGCUCAACCAUAUUUGAGGAAAAGAAGCGGAAACUAGUUGCGAGCUUUAAGAACUCAUUGACGAACACACUGCGAGAAGUCUCGAUUCAAGCUAUCAAAGAUGUUUUCUAUGAUCUAUGCGAAACAAUGCUACGGAAUUACAGAGAAGAACUGGCGCAGCUUCGUCUUCGUCUCAUCGACUCCGACGCCUUCCAAAUCGAAACUCUUCUGAAUCAAGAGAAUGAAAAAUUUGCCGAUUAUAAAAUGAGAGAAACCUUCCUGACGGUUCAAAAUCUGAGUCAGAGAUUCUCCAUCAUUCCAGUGGUGGACUUGAAGAAGUUUGCCGAGAAUGUCUUGCAGACAGUAUUGGAUCCAAUGAUUAAGGCUUGUUCAGAGGAUUUUCUGAAAUCCAUUCAUUUUGAUCAAGAAAUCAUAUCGAUACAGACUUCCGGGUUUCAACAAGCCGACAUUCGGGCAAAGUUGACACAGCUUUUAGGGGGUUACCGCAAAUUCGUUGAGUCUUUGAGUAUCGGCAUUCAUUUGAGAAAUAUGCAAGCCCGAGUCGCCGUUUUUGUGGGAGACGAAGCGAUUUGUAUUCCGGCUGGGAAUGGUCAAAACGUUUUCUCCGUGCCCUCGGAGCAAAGCGUCUUUUUGGAUUCAUUUCUUGGGUCUUCAGAAAGCAGCACAAGUAUGAUCUUUGCACAACAUAGACAAUUAACCCGCGCCGGUGUGCUCUUUGAAAUGGAAGAAAUGUCACCAAGGACAAAGGCUUUAACAAGGCUUUUUCAUGGAUUAAAUCAAUCUUGCGAAGAAUUUCUUGGAAGGCCGAUUCACGAAUGCGCAUUCGCGAUCCCAAAGCCGGUGGCCGCUGCUCUGGCUUCUGGGAUCAAGAAUUCAAGCAACAAGUCAAAGUACAUCAUGGUUUAUCAUUUGCGAGGUGACGCUCGUCGUCGACUUUUACUCGCAUGCGAACAAGCAAAGAUUGAUUUGACUCAACACGAAACGGCGUUAAUCAACAUUCCAUCGUUGAAACUUUUUGACUUUAAAAUCACGAUCAAACGAAAGAAAUUUGAAUGGAUUUGUCGGGACGUUUUUAAAGAAAUGAUAGCUCCGAUAGAUGUGGCUCUAAAAAUGGCAAAUCUAAAGGCAAAACAGAUUGACGACUUACUAGUACUUGGCCAUUCGACUCAAAUUCAGAGGAUUCAAGAACUUUUGAAAAGCAAAGUGAAAUGUGAACACAAAAGUGCUGUAAACUCGGAUGAAAUGGUGGUUGAAGGUGCGGCGAUUCAGGCAGCUAAACUCGGAGGCUACAUUUCAAAGCGCUUAACCCAGUUGAGUUUCCGAGAUGCAACCGCUCUGUCAUUGGGUGUCCGAUUUCGAGGCAAUCUCAUGAAAGUUGUGAUCCCGAAAGAUUCACCGAUUCCAAUUUCAAAACAAAUCACUUGCACAACAACGUACGAUGGACAAAGCAGCAUGGAGAUACAGAUCUAUGAAGGUGAAAGAGCAAUGGCAUCAGCUAACAGAUUGCUGGGGACUUUACAAUAUAAAAUUCGUCGUGGAGAAAAGGGAGGCGAAUUGGAAGUGUUUAUUGAGGAUCCGCUCACAAACGACUCGAAUUUUCUCUCACUUCGACAAUUGCGAGAUGGUUUUUAUGAAGCGGAUGAAGUCAAAAGAGUGAUCCAAGAAGCAAAUAAUCACGCUAAAGAGGAUCAAGAAUUCAUCAAAAAAAACAUUAUACUGUCGGAGCUCGAUGAUUUGGCUUUUCAAAUGGCAAAUAAUUUGAAAAGAGAGUUUUCAAAACUUGGAGAACCCUGGCUGACUUUGAUCUCAAAUCGUGGAUACGAGGAGAUGCCA